AUGUCGGAGAGCGACCGUGCCUCGUUCGCCGCUUAUGAUGUAGAGUUUGUCGAGCACUUGCCGCUGCCCUCACCGAUGCUGUGGGCCGCCUCCCUCUGCAGCGCCGCCGCUCUUGUCGUCGCGACUCGGCCGAGCCAGCCCGCGCUGCUCUCAUCCAACGUCCUUCGCGCGGCGCCCAUCUUGAGCAGCGUGGAGGACGACUCUGCGGAGGAGGCCCGGCGCUCUGCCCUCCGGCUGCCGCCGGAGCAGCCCGAUCCCGGCCCCGACGACACGGGCGAUCCGCUGGGCGGUGGCGAAGACGAGUUUUUCCGGGCCGCCGAGGCGCGUGUGCGGCGGCGGGCGCGCGAUGGGCACUACGAAAAGUUGGGCACCACAUCGCGCUCGCUCCCUCUCGUGGCUUUGCUGGCGCAGGUUGGCCUCGGUGGCGCCCUCUCGCUUGGCUUUGGCUAUUGCUGGCUCGUGCGGGCGGAGGCGGACGCGGGAGCCGGCUGGGCGGUCGAGGCGCUCUCAAACGCGGACGCAUGGUUCAUUGGGCCCGCACGGCUCGUAUUUUCGCAGCCGCCGGGCGGCCCGCUGACCCUCGUGUACGCGCUCGCAAACGCACUCAAUGUGCUCCGCUGCCUUCCUCUCCUCUUCGAUCGCGUGCUCGUGGCGCGACUGCCGGGGGCGGGAGAGACGCAGACGGGCGGCGACACGGGCGCGGACGGGUAG